GUGGAGAGUCUUUCUGGUCUUUCCCCUCCUCAAUAACAUUCUUUCUUCCCUGACCUACAUGGACUGUUGCGUUUCCUUUCCCUCAAGCACAUGCGAAACUGGGACAGUCGCAUGAUUUAAGUGGACCAACCAGUGUAAAUUACCCGUUGCCGCAUGUGACCAAUUGUGGCACGUUUUGUACCGAACCCGAGUCGGCAUGGUCCACUGAAUAGGCAAAGUGGCGUCCAGUGGUAAUAGCCAAGGGUUAAACACAACGACACGCCUCGAUGCUUCUAUAGGGGAAUCAAGCUCAAGGCAAAUAGGGGGGAAAGAAAAUCGAGAUUUCCGGGGGACCAGCCGACAGAUCUUAACAAUGAUAUGCACUUAUCUGAGCAGCGCUGACAGGCCCCCCGGCUCAGCUUGAACAUGACCAUGAAGUCUUCUUCCGAGUCCCAACAGGAGACCGAGAGCACUUUGCACCCUGCAGAGUUGAGAGAGCCUCAUGCCACCUCUGCAGCGGCCGUAGUGUCCGGUGAUGACGCCGCCUAUCUGACGCCAGGCAGGAUGAGCCAGCGCCAGGUGAAGGAACGGGACAAGGACAAGGACAAGGAGGCGGGCCUCCAAACACCCAGCCGGGAACAUCUCGCCUCUCCGUCUCCGCUUAGCCCGGGCAUCAGCUACAGCCACGGUUUCGAGAGAGGGAAGGAGGACCUUUUGUCGUUGCCUUUGAAAGAGGACUCGCUUUCCAUAUCCAAGAGUAAGUCGGAGACCAAGCUGUACAAUGGCUCAGACAAGGACGUGUCUGCGUCUGGAGGCAAGCUCACCAAGAAGGAGUCCCUCAAGGUCCAAAAGAAAAAUUACAGGGAAGAGAAGAAAAGGGCAACAAAAGAGCUGCUCAGCACCAUCACGGAUCCUUCGGUCAUUGUCAUGGCCGACUGGCUGAAGAUCCGGGGAACGCUGAAGAGCUGGACCAAGCUGUGGUGCGUGCUCAAACCGGGCGUCCUGCUCAUUUACAAGACCCACAAGAACGGCCAGUGGGUCGGCACGGUGCUGCUCAACGCCUGCGAGCUCAUCGAGCGACCCUCCAAGAAGGACGGCUUCUGCUUCAAGCUAUUUCACCCCCUCGAGCAGUCCAUCUGGGCCGUCAAGGGUCCCAAAGGGGAAGCGGUGGGCUCCAUCACUCAGCCUUUACCCAGCAGCCACCUCAUCUUCCGUGCGGCUUCAGAGUCCGAUGGUCGUUGCUGGAUGGACGCCCUGGAACUGGCCCUGAAGUGCUCCAGCCUGCUGAAACGAACCAUGAUCCGCGAAGGCAAGGAAGAUAUCAGCACGCUGGCAUCUGGAGGAGAACAUUCCCUCAACUUCUACAGCCUCCUACGUGCCCACAACAUCCAUGGAUUCCAGUUUAACGACAGCGACCAUUUGAAGGACCCGGAUCUCUACUCGGAUAAGUCUGACCGGGAGGGGGAACCGGACCACGAAGAGUCGGACCCGGAAGGCUUGGAGAAGAGCGAGGAGAGCGACAGCGACACAUCGGAGCGACAGGACGACUCGUACGUGGACAUGGACCCCAACGAGCACGUGCGGGAAACGUCCUACUUGGAGCAAUCUCACGAGGAACUUGGCGAGGCGGGCGAGGCUGCCCAGACGGAGACGGUGUCAGAGGAGAACAAGUCCCUCAUUUGGACUCUCCUGAAACAAGUGCGACCGGGAAUGGAUCUGUCCAAGGUGGUCCUGCCCACGUUCAUCCUAGAGCCGAGGUCGUUCCUGGAUAAACUCUCCGACUACUACUACCACGCUGACUUCCUGUCCGAGGCUGCGGUGGAGGAGAACGCCUACAACCGGAUGAAGAAAGUGGUCAAGUGGUACAUCUCCGGGUUCUACAAAAAGCCCAAGGGCUUGAAGAAGCCUUACAACCCCAUUAUCGGCGAAACCUACCGCUGCAUGUGGCUCCACCAAAAGACCAACAGCAAGACCUUCUACAUCGCAGAACAGGUAUCCCAUCAUCCUCCUGUGUCAGCCUUUUAUGUCAGCAACAGGAAGGAUGGAUUCUGCCUCAGUGGAAGCAUCCUUGCCAAGUCCAAGUUCUACGGAAACUCUUUGUCGGCCAUAUUGGACGGCGAGGCUCGACUCACUUUCCUCAACCGUGGAGAGGACUAUGUGAUGAACAUGCCUUACGCUCACUGUAAAGGCAUCCUGUAUGGCACCAUGACUUUGGAGCUAGGUGGUCAGAUCACCGUUGCGUGUGAGAAGACGGGCUACAGUUCGCAGUUGGAGUUCAAACUCAAGCCAUUCCUGGGAAGCAGUGACAGUGUCAACCAGAUCUCCGGAAAGAUCAAACUGGGGAAGGAAGUGCUGGCAACUCUCGAGGGACACUGGGACAGCGAGAUCUUCAUCAACGACAAGAAGACUGGAACGGUGGACACGUUCUGGAACCCAACACCGGAGCUGAGGCAGAGCCGACUCACACGCUGCACCGUCCCGCCCGAGGAGCAGGGCGAGUUUGAAUCGGAGCGACUUUGGCAGCACGUGACGAGAGCCGUCAACAACAAGGACCAGACGGAGGCCACGAAUGAAAAGUUCAUCCUGGAGGAAAGUCAAAGGAAGUCGGCGCGGGAGAGGAAAGCCAAGUGCGAGGAAUGGAACUCCACUCUGUUCGAGCAGGACCCCGUCACUGGAGAGUGGCAUUAUAAAUAUGCUGACACGAGGCCAUGGGACCCCCUCAACGACCUGAUCCAGUUUGAAAAAGACGGUUGUAUCCAGACCAAGGUCCGACACCGCACCCCCAUGGUACGUUCUGGCAGUCUUAUUAGUCUGAGUAACCAGGGGUCGCGGAGGGACAAUUUCAAGUGCCAGGUAACGGUGCCAAAGAGAAAACACAAGAGCGACAAGCCCAAAAGCCCAGAGAGCGGCUGUUCUUCACCCGAACUUGACCGCCAGGACUCCUCCGGAAGCGAACGACACAAGAGCAAACACAACAGCCGUCUGCGUAAAAAAGGUGCUGACCUCAGCGAACUUCAAAGUGCCAUUGAAUCCAUAAAGCAGACACAGCAGGACAUCAACAGGAGCAUCAGCGUGUUAAGGGGUCGAACGGCAAGCCGGGCGGAGGGAACCUCCUUCUUGCAGCAGCGGGACUAUUUCGUCAUCGCUGCCCUCAUCGUCCUGCAGGUGAUCAUCAACUACAUCUUCAAGUAGCAGAGGCAAAUCACAAACGCACUCCAGUGUCUGUAACAGACUCCAUUUACUUUCCCCCCCAUCCUCUUCAAGAAUCAAAUUCACCCAAAAUUAGAAGACUUGGAAUGUAUUUUACUUCCGAGUUUUGAGCUUCUUAAAAAAAAGAAGCUAAUAUGCCCCAAUCUGGCAGACUUGUAUUUAUUUCUUUUUUAUUUCCGGGUUCAUUCCGAAAUGUCAUAACAAUUUCAAAGAGACUCUUGUAGACAAAGAGCGCAGCCUUUUUAUUUCUGACAGGAAUGGAACGACUCCAUUUAUUUUGAAUGUCAUCAACAAACUCUUGAGCCAUGACUACUCUCCUCAUGAAAUGACCUUUCAUGAUUAGAUAAUAUAUUUUUUCUAUUUUAUUAUUUAGUUGCGUCCAAAGUGGUCCAAUCUGUAUUUUUUUUGUUUGUUUUCUAAGCACUUGGAAAGUGACUCCAAAAAAGAUAUCAUACACAGUUAAAAAAUGUUUUAUUGUGGGUGGCGUACAGCUAGAAAAGUGUGGUAAGCACUUUGUACAAUAUUUUAUCUUCUGCACAAGCGCACUGGAAACGUCCAAUGUUUUUCAAAAUCGACUCCCGAGAACUGGCUCCGACUGCCCACGUUUUUUUUUUUUCCUUCUUCUUCUUAACUGAAUCUACAAUUUUAAGUGUUCUUAAUAGUGCGAAGCUGGCAAAAUGACUCGAAUUAAGUGAGGCUUAACAUUCUGGGACUCCAUCUUAAAAACUGCCUUCCUGGAUUUAACUGCGAGUUAAGACAAGUGUUGUAACAUUCCUUAAGUGUGUGCAUUUUACAUUCAGUGUAAAGUUCAAUUUUGGUGUUAUAUAUAUUUUUUAUGCGAGAAUAAGCAGUGUUUGGCUUAGCUUUACUUGUUUUAGCUCAGCUAGCCAUUAGCUUACUUUUAUUUAGCUCAACUGAGCUCCUCUAAAUUUGGAAAAGUAGAGAUAAAUUUUGUGGGGUGAAAUGGGGCUUUCUUUCUGUUAAAUUUACACAAUGAUACCAUUCAGUUAUGUAGUUUAUCUCAGCUUCUUUCAGUUUUUCAAUUUCUUCAUUUUUUUUCCAAUUAAAUUUAGCAAGCAGGUCGAAAUAAUCAAGUUCUAACUUUUUAUUAACCGUAUUGAUUAUUGCGCCGAAACAAACCUUGAUCGCAUUUUUUUUUUUUUUUUAAAUCUCAAUUUACGGUUUUUUAAACGUAUAAAUCAAGUGUUUUUCUUCACUCGUCGCUUCCAGUGCUUUUGUGCCACAGUGAAUUCUAGAUUAGACACUUAAAUAAAGUAGCGAGAGGAGAUCAAAUCUUUUUACCUGUUACUACAAUCACUUUAGUAAACAAAGAAAAAAAAUCAUUCCAAGCUUGCGUAAGUAGCAGCCAGUUUCGGUGUGUAGAUAAUUAGUUUGGUGUCCCGUUGACUGCGUGUAUUACCUAGCAGGAUUUCCUCGCAACAACAAAACAUUUUCUACGCAUCACAAUGUGUCCUAUACUAAUAUUACUGCCAUUUAUUGAUUCAUUAACAUUUCAUUCAAUCGACAAUUAAAUUGGAAUUGACCGCUGUUGGAGCUGCAUAUGUAAAUCCAGUUUGAGUUCAAUCUGGUUUCAAUGUGUCAUCUGGAACCACAGGAGGACCGCGGAGUUUGUCAUUAGCCUUGUCGACGUUUACAUAUCCCGUUGCCUCCGCCGUCAGCAGACUGUUAAGCAAAGAAGAAAAAAAUAACUAACUUUGGUAGCAUUGUCAGGGAGGUGAGUUAACCCGGCUGGCCCGUGUGUGUGUACCCGUUCGUCUUCUUACCGUGCGUCCUCAUUGCCUCGCUCAUCUUAAAAGUUAUCCAGAUGUUCGAAUGUGGAGAAAUACCAGUGCCUUUUCCCCCCCCCCCCCCCAAAAGGGAUGACGAUGGAACAGGAAUGUUCGUAUUGAAAAGGUCACGCGUGGGAGUUAUUGUAGUUUUGCAGAGCGGACGUGCCAUACAAAGCCUUAGUAACGAACGUGACUCUGCAGAGCGCCUUGCCCAAAAGGCGUUGCCAUGGUAACGCACUCACAGGUGUCCGGAUACUGAACCCUGCGUAACGCCGCCACUCCUUGUCAUCUCUUGUAGUCUUAUUUAUUCUUUUUAUGUAUUCCCGCUUAGAUUUUUUGAUGUUUUAGUUUUUUUUUAUUGUUGUUUUACAUGUCCUCGUCACUGUACUCACAUAGCUUCAUCAGCUAAAACUCACUCCACAUACUGUGUACCUUAAUGUGUGUAUUGACUGACUGUAUCCUCGAGGCACUGAACAUAACAUCCUGGACAUUUGGGGUCUCAUGUAAUAUACCACAGAAUAAUGAUAAUUAAAAAAAAA